UUGUAAUUGGUGUUGUUUUUUGUAACUUUGUGACAAUUGUGGGCACUUGGAAAACUGUUUAUACAUAAAUUCCAUUUAAUUCACUUCAAUUUCUCUCAUUCUAUCUGUGUUAUUCUGCACUGAGACAUGUUUGAGUUGUUCUGAUUGUGCUGAUUCGACAGAGCUGCAGGACUUUAGAUUUUAGAGAUUUUAUAUGUUGCAGUGAGAGGAGAAUGUGUGUUGGGGUUCAGAGGGUUAAUCUCCACUUUCUUCUUCUUCUGUUUCUAUAAUUAUCGUUGAGGCGUUAAACUCCUCUCAUGUCAGUUUUGGGGGUUUUGGCCUCCAUGUGCGAAGGCACUCCUGCACCUCCAUGUGAACUCACUGUAAACAAACCGCAGCUCAUUAAUAUUCAACAGGGGCGUGGCUGUUUUCCUGGCUCGGUCCCGCCCCCGGUGAAUAUUACCCAGCCUCCUCCGGGUCCCGGAUCACAGCGCUCCAGCUGCAGACGGUCCGUCGGAGACUCCCAGAGGGACAAUAGCAGACAAAAGGCUCUCUGUCCGGACUGUGUGGAGGUUUUUGCUGGUUUUGCUCAACUGUGCAUGUCCCAGUCGGAGGGGCGGACACCCGGAUUGAGCCCCCCAGCCGCCUGGCAGCAGCCCGCCGCCGGCAUGACUCUCCUCCUGCUGCCCGCCGCCGUCAGCCUGCUGCUCUGCGCCCGCAUCCAGGUCUCUUCAGCUUCAGGACACUUCGAGCUUCAGAUUCUGUCCGUGCAGAAUGUAAACGGGCGGCUGCAGACCGGCGCCUGCUGUGACGGGCCCCGGGACACCGUGGCGGGUCGGCGGUGUGCGGCGGACGAGUGCGACACGUUCUUCCGGGUGUGUCUGAAGGAGUACCAGCUGAAGGUCUCCUCGGCCGGGCCCUGCAGCUUCGGCGCCGCCUCCACACCUGUCCUCGGCGGGAACAGCUUUUCUCUGAAGAGCGAUGGAGCCCGAAUUCUGUUGCCCUUCAGCUUCGCCUGGCCGCGGUCGUACACGCUGAUCGUGGAAGCUUUGGACUUCAACAACGACUCGUCCUCCGGAGGCAGCGCGGCGCUGAUCGAGAAGGUGGUCCACUCUGGGAUGAUUACCCCGAGCCGGCGGUGGCAGAGCCUGCAGCACGACGGCGCCGUGGCUCAGCUCGCCUUCCAGGUCCGCCUCGGCUGCGACGAGCACUACUACGGCAUCGGCUGCAACAAGUUCUGCCGGCCGCGUGACGACUUCUUCGGACACUACGAGUGUGAUCACAACGGCAACAAGACGUGCCUGGAGGGCUGGGCCGGGCCGGACUGCAACACCGCAAUCUGCAGGCCGGGCUGCAGCAAUGAACACGGCUCCUGCAAAGCUCCUGGAGAGUGCAAGUGUCUGUAUGGCUGGCAGGGGGAUUACUGUGAUCAGUGCAUCCCUCACCCCGGGUGUGUUCACGGCAGCUGUGUGGAGCCGUGGCAGUGUCUCUGUGACACCAACUAUGGAGGACAGCUAUGUGACAAAGAUCUGAACAUGUGUGCGACUCUGCUGCCCUGCCUGAACGGAGGAACCUGCAGCAACACGGGACCAGACAAAUACCACUGCUCCUGUCCCGACGGCUUCUCGGGGCUCCACUGUGAGAGAGCGGAGCGCGCCUGUCUGUCCAGCCCAUGUCUGAACCGAGGCAGCUGCGUGGAGACCGGGGUUCUGGGAUUCGAGUGUCUCUGUGCCGCCGGGUGGACCGGACCCUCCUGCUCCAUCGAUGUGGACGAGUGUCUGGGGAACCCCUGCAGCCACGGCGGGACCUGUCAGGACCUGGAGAACGCCUUCAAGUGCAUCUGUCCUCCUCAAUGGACCGGGAAGACCUGCCUCAUCGACGCUAACGAGUGCGCCGACAGCCCCUGCCUGCACGCCUCUGCCUGCAGGAACCUGAUCGGAGGCUAUUUCUGCGAGUGCGACCCCGGCUGGACAGGUCCCAACUGUGACCGCAAUAUCAACGGCUGUCGAGGGCAGUGUCAGAACGGAGCCGAAUGUAAGGACCUGCUGGACGGGUAUCAGUGUGUGUGUGCUGCCGGUUUCUCCGGUGAACACUGUGAGCGGGACAUGGACGACUGCGCCAGCGGGCCGUGCCUCAACGGCGGCCGCUGCCACGACGAGGUCGCCGGCUUCCACUGCCUCUGCCCGCCGGGCUUCUCCGGAGCACGCUGCCAGCUGGACAUGGAUUACUGCGCUCACGCUCCGUGUCUGAAUGGCGGUCAGUGCUUCAACCUGGCGGCCGACUACGUCUGUGAAUGUCCCGAAGACUUUGAGGGAAGGAACUGCUCGCGGCUGAAGGACCACUGCCGCAGCACACCGUGCAAAGUGAUUGACAGCUGCACCGUGGCGGUGGCGUCCAACAGCACACCAAGCGGGGUGCGUUUGAUGUCGUCCAGCGUGUGCGGCGCCCACGGGCACUGCCGCAGCCGGGCGGGCGGAGCGUUCAGCUGCGAGUGCGAGGACGGCUUCACUGGGACGUACUGCCACCAGAAUAUAAACGACUGUGAGAGCGCCCCCUGUCUGCACGGAGGAACCUGCAUCGAUAAAGUCCGUCACUACCAAUGUCUCUGCUCCUCCGGCUGGGACGGACACGUCUGCCAGCACAACGUUGAUGACUGCAGCUCGGCGCCGUGUCAGAAUGGCGGCGUGUGUCUGGAUCUGGUCGGUGACUUCCUGUGCGAGUGCAGCGACGGCUGGAAGGGGAAGACCUGCGGCUCCCGCGAGAGUCAGUGCGAUGUGGCGACCUGCAACAACGGAGGAACGUGUCACGACGAUGGCGACGCCUUCAGGUGUCAGUGCGCCGCCGGCUGGGAGGGCGCCACCUGCAGCGUCGCGAGGAACAGCAGCUGUGAGCCGAGUCCCUGUGAGAACGGGGCGACCUGCGUGGUGGGCGGAGCCUCAUUCAGCUGCGUCUGUAAGGAGGGCUGGGAGGGCGCCACCUGCAGCCACAACACUAAUAACUGCAGCCCUCAUCCCUGCUACAACAGUGGGACGUGUGUGGACGGAGACAACUGGUUUCGCUGUGAAUGUGCUCCGGGGUUCGCCGGUCCCGACUGCAGGAUCAACAUCGACGAGUGCCAGUCGUCCCCCUGCUCCUCAGGCUCCACCUGCCUCGACCAAAUCAACGGCUACCGCUGCGUCUGCCCGCCAGGACGAACCGGCCCUCGCUGCCAGCAAGGGUCGGGGCGGCCCUGUGUGGUCGGGGGUCUCGUGGCUCUGGAUGGAAGUCAGUGGGAUGAAGACUGCAACAGCUGCAGCUGCCACAGCGGGAGGGUCACCUGCACACAGCUGUGGUGUGGACCGAAGCCCUGCAGCGUCCUCUCUCGGCCUGGCGCCGUCUGUCCACUGGGUUUCGCCUGCGUGGCCGUGCAGGACGAGCGCUGCUUUGUGAAGCCGUGUCUCGGCCAGGGGGAGUGCUGGAGCCCCGCCCACCGAGUCCCGCCCACAGCCAGCUGUCACUCAGAGAGCAGCUGCACCAACAUCACCUUCACCUUCAACAAGGACGUGAUGGCACCGGGCAUCACGGUGGAGCAGGUGUGCCGCGAGCUCAGGAGCUUGUACGCCGUCCAGAACCGCUCCAUCACCUCCAUCACCUGCGAGCUGUCGCCCGUCGCCAACAACGAGAUUCAAGUAGCCUUCAGGACGGAGGACCAGAGGACAGGCCUGACCAUCACCGACAAGAUCCUGGACCUGGUCAGCAAGCGGAUCGCCAACAGCUCCAUCCUCCGCGCCGUCACUGAUGUCCGGGUCCAGAGACGGCGGAACCACAGCGCCGAUGCAGCCAACCUGGGGCCCCUGCUGGUCUCCGCGGUCGUGGUCGUCGGGGCGUUGCUGAUCACCUCCGUGUUGCUGUGGUGUGUGAGGAGGCGGCGGCGGAAGCAGAGCGCCCACACGGGAGUCAGCACGCAGGCGGCGGCGGCGGCGGCGGCUCUGUCAGCGGCGGCCGAGGACAACAACGCCCUCCACAGCAACGUCAGCGCCGCCCGCGAGCAGCUCAACCACAUCAAGAACCCCAUUGAGAGAAACCUGCCGAGCCACCAGCACCACCUGCUCCACCAACACCACCACCACCACCGCCUCUGUGAGGACAAGAACGCCAUCAACGCCAAGAUCAGGAAGUCUGACGCUGGGAGACAAUCAGAGGGCAGCGAGAUGGACAAGAGGCUGCAGAAAGCGAGGUUCCCCCGGACACAUCCGCCGGCGUACUCGCAGGUGGACUGGGAGGAGCGCCGCCACACAGCGAGCAAACACGCACACUGGACUCACAAACAGGACAACAGGACGCAGCAGAGCGCUGAGCUCAUCGUGUGA